CAACAACCUUCUCCUCUAUUUUUUCCACACCCGCAAAGCUAAUCCGUCUCUUUUGCAACCUCAUUUUUGCUAGCAGCUUCACUGACACCCAACCGCGCGUUCGAAUGAUGGGGAGAAACGUCGAAGACCAGAUUAUUUUGCAUCCCGGAUCCAAGGCUCCUAUGGGAAUUGCACUGGAAGAAUCAUUAUUUGCGUCAAUACCCCGGUCGCCAAUCCAAAACGGAAGGCCUAAUAGCAUGGUUGUCAAGAAAGCGCAUGAACUGAUCCCAGCUCACUUAGUAGCAGAAGCAAUAUCACAACUUCAUGGUGAAGAUCUCAUAAGAUGGUCAGGUCCAAUCACACCCAACGAAAUGCUAUACGUGAAACAAUACGUCUUCACGAAAUAUCCUCAGUACUACAACGGGCUAGUCGAAGAAGGAGAUAAUAAUAAUGAUAAUACUGAUUUGAGCAGUAUUGUUAGCGAAAAGUCGCCUCGCGGCCUUAGAGAUUCUUCUCCUAGUUUCGGAAGCAAUCUCCCUGACCUCGAGAAGAUCGAAUUAGCGCCUUCAAGAUUGCUCGAAAUGCUCACAACGAAAUCUUCCUUCCCCGGCACGUUCAUUUCGGUACCUGAAAUUCAAGCACGGAACAAGGUUUUAAAACACUGUGGAUUAACUGAGGAUGAAUAUCUUGUUCUCUUCAUUCCAAGUUACAAGGAGGCUAUGAUGUUAGUGGGAGAAGCUUAUCCUUUUUUUAGAGGGAACAUUUACAUGACGACAAUCGGCGAAGAUAUCGAUUGCAUAAAAGCAUUUGCCGGUUAUAAGGAAUCAAAAGUGAUUUCAGCUCCAGAGAGUUGGAUGGAUUUGAGAGUUAAAGGUUCACAACUUAGUCAGUAUUUCAGGAAAAAAUGUAAAUAUACACCAAAGGGACUAUUUUCUUAUCCGGCCAAAGUUAAUGGAACCACUUAUUCGCUGCAUUGGGUGUCCGAGGCUCAUCGGAAUUCAUGGCAUGUGCUCCUUGAUGCAACGGGGCUGGUCGUGGGCGAGGACCGUCUGAAUCUUGCGUUGCACCGUCCGGAUUUCGUGCUGUGUACAUUAGAUAAUACUCAUGCUCAACCUUCCAAGGUUACAUGCUUGUUAGUGAGGAGGAAAUCUUUUGAUGCCACAAUUUCAAGUCAGAUUUGUGAGUGAAUAAAUUUGGAUCAUGAGUCAGUUUGUAUAAAAUUUUACAAUAUAUAUUAAGUUUUACUUUGAAUUUUA